AUGCCUGAAACCAGGACCGGACGCAGACGACGCUCGAGCAGCAUCAUCUAUCAAGAGCCGCAGGAGUCCAUCGAGCAUACGAGCGACCAAGCUGCAUUGCCCAACUUGAACGCCAACUGGGUCAACGCGAAGGGCGCCUGGACCAUCCACUUCGUCCUCAUCAUCGCUCUCAAGAUCUUCUACGACAUCAUCCCUGGCGUCUCCCAAGAAACCUCAUGGACCCUCACCAAUAUCUCUUACAUGUUCGGCUCUUUCCUCAUGUUUCACUGGGUUCGCGGCGUGCCGUUCGAGUUUAAUGCUGGAGCGUAUGACAACCUCAACAUGUGGGAACAGAUCGACAAUGGCGAUCAGUAUACUCCCGCCAAAAAGUUCCUCCUCAGCGUCCCGAUCAUUCUCUUCUUGCUCAGCACCCACUACACACACUACGACCUGACCUAUUUUAUCAUAAACUUCUUGGCAGUCCUGGGUGUGGUGAUUCCCAAGCUUCCGAUUUCCCACCGCAUGCGGAUUGGAUGGUUUGUGGAAGAAAUGGAUGAUUCGUAG